AUGUUUGCGGUGACAAGCAAAACUCCUGGCGAGGGGCGUCGAGCUUAUUCUCCAUCAGCAUACUUCUUCUUUGCCCACGAGCAGCGAGUCAACCUGCAAGAAGAAUAUCCAGAUGCCACGAUUAGUGCAAUACAGAAGACAUCAGCCCAAUUAUGGCAGAAAAUGAACACAUCCGAGCGAGCUCCUUAUGAGGAAUUGGCGUUAGUUGAGAGAGAGCGCGGUAUAUGCGCCGUAACGCCUUUGGGCAAACCAACAUUUGAGGUGUUGACGCCUUCGACUCCGUCUAUCAACACUCCGGCAGGUGGUCCUUCGUUCAGCGAGCUUGAGGUGCAGGCACCUUCAACUUUAUCCGUCAAUAUUCUAGCAAAUGACGAUUCAUUCAGCGAAUUGGGAGAACAGGCCGACGUUGAAUUUCUACCGACCAGCAGCUGGACGGCAAUCAAUACCCCAGGUCGGCAGAAUGAUACAAGUAGCACAUCCUCAACACAACCCGUCGUCAGCGGCUCUGCAAUAUCAGAACAACAGAUGCUGAUUGGUAUUUCCUCGACUUUCUUCAGCGUGGUGGAAACGGAGCACGACGAUCGUCCUUACAUUUACACAGUCUCGGUCUUGAAACUCCCUCUAGGGGUAUAUAGAGAGCACCAAGAGAGCAUCAUUCAUUUCUACCUCAAUAUGACAGCCGCCAACAAUUAUCUUCGACACCUAUGUGAGCGACGCCUCAAUUUAGACGACCCAAUGUCGUGCUAUGCUCAUGGAACCAACAGCGACCAAGGCUUGUGGUUUGAGAGAACAGAUGAAAAUGGAAAUGGUUAUCGGAUUCUAGCUAAAAAGCGAUGCGUCGACGUGGAUGGGAGACGUGAGCGAAAGGUUCAAGAGGAAUGGGGAAAUCCGCAUGCCAGAAUUAGACAUCAGCCGAAAUGA